AUGCGUGCGCACUCUCCCUUCUUCUGGGUCUUCAUCUUCUUGCUUUGGAGUGAUGCAUUGGCGAUCGAUGGCAACCAGACUGGCGUGGCUUCCACCAUCACAAGCUCGUCUCUUGGCCUGAAUGAGGGACGCUUCGUGGCGCCGAGAAAAGGUCAGCAAAACGGCUUGGCUGCUGACGUGAUCCACCCUGUCGACCUGGAAAAGAGCGAGGAGAGAAACAGUAUCGGGCAGUCGUUGUCAAACCGUUUUCGAAUGUGGAAUUGGUACCGUAAGGGUGAGAGUCCAAGGCAGGUCUUUCACAACCAUCAAGUGGAAGGAACCGGACACAUCGACUUCAAGCGAGCUGUGCUGUUGAUGAAGUACGUCCACUACGCCAGACGUCGCAAGGUACCGUUUGACGACGUCGCAGUGGCUGACAUGUGGGCAGAACGCAUCUCACCGGAAAUAUUGGUACCGCUCUUCCACAAAUUCCGGUCUGUCAAUGGCUUGAAAGACAGCGCCGACAACAUGCAAAAGCACUUGCAUUCUCGAUUCCCAGACGAAACAUCGGAACCGCUGAUAGCCACCUGGCUAAUUACAAACGAGUCUCCCGAAUUUGUGUUCAAGAUGCUGUCGGUCGGAGAAAAGAUUGAUAAUAUCGACAAGAUCGAGAAUGCUUGCUGGUUCUUAAAGUACGUAUUCCAGUACAACAGAAAGCAAAAAAAGGAAGGAGACAAGUUCUCCAGUGAUGAGAUCACACAACUGUUUGCCCAGAAUAAGCCAUUACUAGAGAAAGCCAGGAGCCUAGUAGAUACGAAUAAGACCAACUAA